AUGGAGUUAUUAAAAAGAGUAAAAAUUAAUGAAUUAUUUGAAUUUCCUACACAUAUAAAUAUGGAACCCUACACUUUGGACUAUUUAAUACGUAAAGAAUCAGGACAACUUGAUGACUCAAAAGUAGAUGCUGGAAAUAAGGCACAAUUUGAAUAUGAACUUGUUGGCGUUCUUGUUCACACUGGGACGGCUGAUUCUGGCCAUUACUAUUCGUUUAUCAAAGAGCGCAAGCCUUCAUGUAAUGAAAAUGAUUCAGAACGCCGUUGGUACCAAUUCAACGAUUCUACUGUUGAGAUAUUUGAUCCUAAGGAUAUUCCUAAGCAGUGUUACGGUGGGCCAGAGUAUAUAAUGCAACUGGAUACUACUCAACAAAAAAGUUUGCCAAAGAUGUUUUUAAAACAAUAUAAUGCUUAUAUGCUUUUUUAUGAAAGA